AUGCAGGUCGAGGGUGCUAAUAUAACAGAACCGCCUAGUUAUGAGGAUGACGAAUAUUUAAUAAAGACCCCUUGUGCUACAGACCGGCAGCUAACUAGCCAUGGUGAGGAUUGUGUAUCCCAAACAAAUUUUGGCUGGCAGUUAACUAGUUAUGGUGAGGAUUGUAUAUCCCUAACAAAUUUUGGCUGGCAGUUGACUAGUCAAUGUGAGGAUUGUGUAUCCGAAACAAAUUGUGGGUGGCAUUUAACUAGUCAAGGUGAGGAUUGUGUAUCCCAAACAAAUUGUGGGUGGCAUUUAACUAGUCAAGGUGAGGAUUGUGUAUCCCAAACAAAUUGUGGCUGGCAUUUAACUAGUCAAGGUGAGGAUUUUGUAUCCCAAACAAAUUGUGGCUGGCAGUUGACUAGUCAAUGUGAGGAUUGUGUAUCCGAAACAAAUUGUGGCUGGCAGUUAACUAGUCAAGGUGAGGAUUGUGUAUCCCAAACAAAUUGUGGCUGGCAUUUAACUAGUCAAGGUGAGGAUUGUGUAUCCCAAACAAAUUGUGGCUGGCAUUUAACUAGUCAAGGUGAGGAUUGUGUAUCCCAAACAAAUUGUGGCUGGCAUUUAACUAGUCAAUGUAAGGAUUGUGUAUCCCAAACAAAUUGUGGCUGGCAGUUAACUAGUCAAGGUGAGGAUUGUUUAUCCCAAACAAAUUGUGGCUGGCAGUUAACUAGAUAA